UUUGCAGGCCAGCGGAUACAGAUGGAAACUCGUUAUCCAGAGGACGGUUCGGCAUGGGGUCAGAUGAGGCAGAUUGGACAGUGGUUGUACUUACCUGUCAGUACAAGGACAGUGUGCAUGCCUUCCAGAGAGAACUGGAGACCAGGAAGAGUCGUGGUGUUCUGCCCCCUGAAACCAUCCUCUUGACUGUGGAAGACCCCCAGGCUCAUGUGGGCAGUGGUGGAGCAACUCUGAAUGCCUUGUUGGUGGCGGCAGAACAUCUGAGUGCAAGGGCAGGCUACACAGUGGUUUCCUCCGAUGUUUUGAAUGAUGCCCGGAUCCUCAUCCUCCAUGUGGGCAGAGACUUUCUAUUUGAUGACUGUGGCCGUGGCUUCACCGUUCUCCCCGUGGAAGACCCUGAGGCCCCAGUAGAGUGCUUGACCUGCAAUCUGGACAGCCUGCUGGCCACGCUGAGAUACCAGCUAUGUCCUGGGUCCCCCUCUGGUGUCUGGAUCUGCAGCACGGAUAUGGUCCUUACAUUGCCAUCGAACCCACGAAUUGAUUGGGCACAGUUCAGAGGAGCACGCGUCAUUUCUCUGCCAGGGACCCCAGAGUAUGCCAAGAAGCAUGGCGUUUACCUGGCAGAUGAAAGGGGCUCGGUGAGGGAUAUAAUAUAUUGUGGCUCUGAAGAGAAGAUUGAGAAAUGUAUGCUGGGAGAUCACAGAGUCCCCCUGGUGUCUGGGAUUGUCUUUCUGUCGGCGGAGACCGCCGAGCGUUUCCUAAGUACUCUAGCAUUGCCUCCUCUGGAUGGCUGCACCUACCAAGGGCUUGACUCGGGCGCUGAACCACUGGAGCUUUCUCUAUUCCUCGACGUUCUGAUGAGCAUGGCACAAGACGUUAAUCAGGAGAAUUUCCUACAUGGGGCCCCCACUUCCCCCAAACUUGCUGAUAGGCUCCAGGGAGCCCGGGCUGUGCUUUGGAAGGAGCUCCAUGAUCUGCCACUGACUAUGGUGUAUAUCCCAGAUGGACACUAUGAGUAUCUCACCACAGACCCCCAGAAGCACAUACAGAAUCUGGUCAAAGCAGCAUCACAUGGACCCCAUUGCAGCAAGAUGGCACAUUCCUAUGCCACGCACCCCCUGCUGGUUGAAAAUGGAAGCUCUGUGGUGAACAGUUAUCUGGAUGGACAAGUUCAGGUGAAUUCAGGGAGUGUCAUCCAGAAUUGUCACUUGCAGGGUCCCCUGGAUGUAGGAAGGGGGUGUCUGCUGACAGGUAUCGACCAGAUGGGUGCAUUGGCAUUACAAGGACAUCGACUGAGCAACGUCAUCCUUCAGGCACACCCGGUAUGGGUUCAGAAUCUGUCCCUCACUGUGUACAGCUUGCUGGGGACAGAGGAUCAGCUCCAGGACACAGAGAGCAGCGGCUCAGCCACGUACCUCAACCGUCCUUGGGACGAAUUCUUUUGCAGAACUGGGAUCUGUGAAAGUGAUCUUUGGGGACUUGGCAACCCAUCCGAGGAGCGAAGUUUAUUAAGCGCCCCCCUUUUUCCUGUCCUCCAUCCCUGUGAAGUGCUGGGGGUUGGUGAUGUGCUCUGGUUCCUGGGGCCAGGAAGCAGAGAACACCUUAAACGUUGGCGUAGUUCUUGGCGUGUCUCAUGGCAGCAGUUGCGGCAGCACCGAGACCAGGAAAGGGCACUGAAGAAUCGCAGAGAAGUAUUUUUCAAGCAGGCGCUAGAAAAACUGCAAAAGUCUCUUCUGGGGAGAAAGGAACGUAGUCUGCUGCCCAUUAUCCGAUCUGCUGUACAGGAAGGAAGCCAGGACCUGCUAUUGAUCACACUCGAUCAUGUGGCAUCUGUGGCCGAGGACCCAGGAAUCGCUGCCCGAGCGCUUGCCUGUAUUGCUGAUCUCUUGGGGGUGAUGGCAGGAGGUGAAGGUGGACUGAGGAGUGGACCAGCAGCUAAUAAGGCCUGGGCUAGCAGCUAUCAGCUGUUAGAGAAGGGACUGAUUGCUGACGGCGUAAAACAGUUGGCUACAGAACGAGAGAAGUGGCUGAGCAGACCAGACCUCUUGCUGCGAGCUGCUCGUCAUUACGAGGGCGCAGAGCAGAUUCUGAUUCGCCGAGCUGUGAUGUCCUCUUCCCAGUUUGUUUCUAUUGAAGAGAAGGCUCUGCCAGCAAUGGGUGUCUGGGUGAACACAGAGUGUCCAGCGCGUAUUGACAUAUCCGGGGGCUGGAGUGACACCCCACCCAUUACCUAUGAGCAUGGCGGAGCUGUGGUAAACGUGGCUGUCCUGGUCGAUGGUCAGAGACCUAUCGGUGCGCGGGUGCGGAGAAUCCCUAAAGCAGAGAUUCACCUUUGUAGUGACAGCGGCCCCCAAGGGACCCAACUUCAUACUGAACUGACGUGUGUGAGUCUGGCUGACCUGCAGGAUUACUGCCAGCCACAAGCUCCAGGGGCCCUGCUGAAAGCCGCCUUUAUCUGCUCGGGGACAGUGAGCGUGACUUCCCAGAAAUCAUUGCAGGAACAGCUGAGCACGGCGUACGGGGGAGGGUUUGAGCUUCACACAUGGUCGUACCUCCCGCACGGGUCUGGAUUGGGAACAAGCAGUAUCCUGGCUGGAGCCGUCAUGGCCGUGCUGUACGAGGUGUCAGGCCGAGCCGUGGAUGCGGAGUCUCUGAUCCAUGCCGUGCUGUAUCUGGAGCAGGUUCUGACCACUGGGGGCGGCUGGCAGGACCAGGUUGGGGGACUGAUUCCAGGAGUGAAGAUUGGCCGCUCAGCACCACAGCUUCCUCUCAGAGUCCAAGUAGAUGAAAUCCAACUACCUGAAGGCUUUUUACAGACAUUAAACCAGCAUCUCCUCCUGGUGUACACCGGAAAGACACGCCUGGCUCGAAACCUCCUGCAGGAUGUCCUGAGAAAUUGGUAUGCUCGCCUUCCAGAUAUCGUACAAAACACAGACGCACUGGUAAACAAUGCAGAGCUGUGCGCAGAGGCCUUCCGUACAGGAAACGUGUUGCUCCUGGGCCGCUGUCUGAAUAAGUACUGGUGUCAGAAGAAGUGCAUGGCGCCCGGCUGUGAGCCACUCACUGUGCGCAGGAUAAUGGACACACUGGAGCCCUUGGUUUAUGGGCAGAGUCUCGCUGGCGCAGGCGGUGGUGGGUUCCUGUACAUACUGACCAAGGAGAAGCGGCAGAGAGAUGUCCUGCAGCGAUUACUGGAGAAUACACAUGGACUGGAGAGGUGCAGCGUGCAUGACGUGGAAAUCGAUACAAGGAAAUUCACCGUCUGGCGGGAGGAAGGAAGCGACACAGGCAACGACGGGUGAACAGAAUGAAUAAAUUGAUAAACGUCAUGACGGUGGAGGGACACAGCAACUAUAUGGA